AACAGCACCUCAGAGGUACACGUGGACUCCAUUGAGUUAGUUUUUUGCGUUAGUUAGAGUUUAUACGUAGCUUGCUACAAAAAGUGCUGGAUGGAUAGACCAACACUUCCAACUCCCAGUUAUAGUCACCUCUCACAGUAUAAAGAUGUGUAUGAGCCAGCAGAGGACUCCUUCCUCCUCAUGGACGCUCUUGAGAAGGAAAAAGAGUUUCUCCAGCAGUUGAGGCCCCUAAUUUGCUUGGAAAUUGGAUCUGGAAGUGGUGCAGUCAUCACCUUUGUAGCUAGUCUCUUGCACUCCCCAGCAUUCUACUGGGCAACAGAUGUAAACCCGUCAGCUUGCAUCUGUACAAAGAAAACCCUUGCUCAGAAUGGGGUUACAAGAUUUGAUGUGACUGCUGCUGAUCUGGUUUCCCCAAUGAGGCAAUGCCUUCAAGGAAAGGUGGACCUUCUCAUUUUCAACCCUCCAUAUGUAGUCACCCCAUCUGAAGAAGUGGGCUUGGGAGGUAUUACAGCAACCUGGGCUGGGGGGAAACUUGGAAGAGAGGUGACUGAUAAGUUAUUGCCUUAUGUGCCUCACUUGCUAUCAGAAUCUGGAGUAUUUUACCUGAUUGUCCUUCCAGAGAAUCAACCAGUGGAACCUCCAGUAAAUGGCCCUCCGAAUAAGGAACUCUGUAUUAAGUAUUUCUCUAUAAAGAAUUUCGAAAGAACACAACACCUAAUGAUGACAUCUGCAGUAUUUUGGAUGAAGGAGGUCUAAAGCACACUGUCAUAUUGUCAAGAAAAGCUCACAAUGAAAAACUGACUGUGCUUAAGUUUCACAGACAAUAAAGGCAUUAUCAUCUAAUAAUUAAUAUUUUUAUUUGAGGAUCAUUACCCAAUAUUGCUAUAAUAGACAUGUGGCUGCUGAUUUGCACAAGUGCUUUUUGCA